AGGCGAAAAUCUCCAAGUAUGGGCGACAUCAUGGAGUACUCAUAUUAAAAUACUUCUCUAUCUCCCAGCAUCAAUACAAACGUACAUCGUUUUCCGCAAGAACUAAGAUGAAUACACGGCAAGCGGUUAUAAUAUGGCAGCUGCUGCAGCUAGCGCUGCUGACAUCAGCUGCAGUACAGAUGCAGGACGGAAGGUACAGCGGUCUGCAGGUGGCGGUAGCAUCUAAAACGAUAGAGCCUCUCGACGGCCUGAAGUUCAUUGCAGAUGUGCAGAACUUCAUACAUGCUGGUUCCGAGUUGCUGAACUAUGCGAUGGACAAGAGGGUUUCAAUCAACGACUUCACACUCAUGAUUCCGAGAACCUGGAACGCAUCCAAUUUCGGGAGCGUGGUCAGAGCAUCGGACGACACGACCAUUAAGACGGCUGACAUCCUCCUGCACGACGCAGCCGACGAGUUGCCUGAAACUCUUCAGGCAGAGCUUUGUGGCGUCCCGGGCCGGCAGGUGAGCGUGCCGCUUUUCUUCUUGUCUCUCAGUGAAGAGGAGCAAAAGCAGUUUGGCUCUCCAGGCAAAAUUUUUGCACACGAAUGGGCUCACUACCGCUGGGGGGUUCACGACGAACAUGGGUUCGGGGGCGAUGACGUCUACAGCUCAACGUACGGCAACUACCAAACUGCUAUGUGCAUCGCGGGCACCACCAAUGGCACUACCAAGAGGGACUGUUCAACGACGGACAUUUGUGAGCCAGGCAGCAGCGGAUGCUACUUCUGCUUCGGGGAGGACGAGACCGCCGACCAAGUCCAGGCUUCCCUCAGCUACAUGCCAGCUCUCUCCACCGGUAAAUUCUGCGACGCUGCCACCCACGUGCGCAACACACCGUCCCCUCAGAACGUGCUGUGUGGCGGUCGCUCCAUCAUGGAAGUCAUCCAGCAACACCCCGACCACCUCCUGCAGUGA